AUGAAGGAAACGCUCAUCCUCGUCCUCCUUUAUAUCGGACUGGCGGUGACGUCAGAUUUAUCGGGGUACAAGCCCAGGGGCUGGCGUCCUAAUGGCCGGCGUUUUAAUCCCAACAACAAUCGAUUGCAUGCGUAUUACGGUGCUCCAGGAUUACAAAGCUACGAACCCCCGGAUACCGCAACUACCUAUCGCGACCCGUUAUUUACCACGACCACGACAGCGCGAUCACCAACUACCACUGUAAAAACCACGACAACACCUCGCAGCAGGGAACCAACGACAGCACCGAGCGAACAGCCCGAGGACGAUUUCGAGACGAAUCCGGCACUGGCGAUCGCCAAUUCCUUCGCGUUUAAUCGACCUGUAUACGUCUACAAUACCUUUCCGUUUCUACCGGCUCAGAUUAUCGCGUAGCAACGCGAAAUGAAAAAUAUCUGCAUCGCGAUAUUAAAAUCACUGGACGUUUAAUCAUCGAGGAAGAGAAACUUCGUAUUUGUAACUCGACGGCGAAACAUCAAACUUAUUUUGUGUCUUUUAAAUACCAUUUUUAUAUUAAGCCUCUUCUAACUGUGCAACAGAUCUUAUUGUCCACAAAGAUAAAAAAUUAUUUUUUUACUUUACUCUAGAGAAAUAAUGUCUAUUUAAGGUAGUAUAAAUUAUUCAAAGAUGAAACUAACAUCUUGAUAGCUAAACAAAACGUACUACAUAAAAUAAAUGUAAAAACCUACUUUAAAAGAUACAUAUGCAU